CCACGGCGACACGUGGAGCCGGGACAGGCGGGUGGGGGCGGGGGUGUGCCCGCGCCGUGUCCCCCGCGCGUGCGGCCGGCCGGGCGGCUGCGUGAGUCACGUCGGGGCUCGCCUUUAUAACCGCCGGCAGGAUCGCGCGAGUGGCCAGUCCGGCACUCCGCGUUCGGUGCUGCAGCCCGCGCGUCCCCAACGGUCCCCCAACAGCCGCCCAGGCCCGAGGGUGCCAUGAGAAGCCCGCGCUGCGCCCGCCUGCUGCUUCUGCUGCUGCUGCUGCCGCUGCUGCUCACGCCUCCCGCCGGCGACGCCGCGAUCAUCACCGGGGCCUGCGAAAAUGACCCCCAGUGUGGUGGAGGCAUGUGCUGUGCUGUUAGUAUCUGGGUUAAGAGCAUACGGAUUUGCACACCGCUGGGCAAAGUGGGAGACAGUUGCCAUCCGAUGAGUCAUAAAGUUCCAUAUAUGGGGGAAAGAAAGCAUCACACAUGUCCAUGCCUGCCCGACUUAGCCUGUUCACGGAAUUCGUCUAAACGAUAUACUUGUUCAGCCCGGAAGUAAUCACUUUAGAGGAGAAGCUUUGAAUGUGAACGGCCACACGAUGUCUGUAAAGCCUGUUCACCUGUGAUUGUGUCAAAUAAAUAAUAUGCCAGAAAGAAA